GUAGCCGGUGGUGAGGCCCGCCAAACGGAUGCCGCCGUUGGUGGAGCAGCACCACCGACUAGUGGGGCUCAUGGAGCACGAUGGACGGCAUCUUCAUCACCAGCAGCAGCGACGGCAAUCGGGUGCUUCCACCACGGCUACGGACACUGGUCUCCCUCUGACCACAACCAACAGUAUCGGCAGUGGUACCACCAUCACCAUUACCAGUGCCACCAAUCCCAGCGAACCGGGCACCGACAGCGAUUCGGGCGGAGGCGGGUACUAUCAGGAGCAGACGUAUGCGGCAUUACGCAACUCCUUAAUGGGCGGUCCCUAUGAGCCUCAUAGGGUGGUGACGAAUUAUCUUCGCACCGCUCUCUACGACUAUGAUGCUCAAGGGGAAGACGAGCUAUCCCUCAGGAAGGGGCAGAUCGUUGAGGUGUUGUCUGAGGAUGCCAAGAUCAGCGGGGACGAAGGAUGGUGGACGGGGAAGAUCGGAGACAAGGUUGGAAUUUUCCCAUCGAACUUCGUUUCCCCUGGAGGUCCCAUCGGAGACCUCCUGGUCGAGGCAGGUCACCAUUACAAACACCAUAACGACCUCCUGUUAACCUCGGAGGUCAAUAGUAUCAUUGCCGAUAUAAACCCGGUGAAAAUAGACUUUUCCUCUUUAGAGUUAGAAGAAGUGAUAGGUGUUGGCGGUUUUGGAAAAGUGUAUAGAGGACUGUGGGAAGGACGGGAGGUCGCUGUCAAGGCGGCACGGCAGGAUCCAGAUGCUGAUCCUGAGGGCACGCUAGAAAACGUCAUCAAGGAAGCAAAACUUUUCUGCCUGUUGGACCACGAGAACAUCGUGUCGCUGGUAGGCGUCUGCCUGACGCAACCUAACCUGUGCCUGGUGUUGGAGUACUGUAGGGGCGGGCCCCUUAACAGGCUCCUGGCAGGGGCAAGGAAAAUCAGGCCCAACGUGUUGGUAGACUGGGCCAUCCAAAUAGCCAGAGGCAUGGACUACCUGCACUGUCGGGCGCCCAUUUCGCUCAUACAUAGGGACCUGAAGAGCUCAAACGGUGAGUUUGAUGACGCAGCUUCUAAAAUUAUACAUUUGUUUCUUUUGAUUCUAAGAUACAGGGUGUUUCAGAACGACGUGCCAAUAGGAUAGAAAGU